AUGAUGCUUUUCUGCGCUGUUCUUUCCUCAGUAGAGUGCUGCAGGAGAGAAAUCAUCGCGCGCUGAUACCGAGAGCGCUAUGGACGGUGCGCGCGAGCUGCCGGGGGUUCCGUGACAUGCUCGCGAGCGCGGUGUGGAGGAUGCUGGUGCUGGGCUUCAGCAUGCUAACGGUGCUGCUCUGUCUGCGGGAGGUUAGCACUCUGCAGAUUCAGUGUUAUCAGUGUGAGGAGAUUCGGCAGGAUGACUGCUCAUCUCUGGAGUUCAUCGUUAACUGCACUGUUAAUGUGCAGGACAUGUGCCAGAAGGAAGUGCUCAUCAUGGAGGAUGGUAUACACUACAGGAAGUCAUGUGCAUCAUCGGGGGCAUGCUUGAUUGCAUCAUCAGGGUAUCAGCAGUUCUGUACAGGGAAACUCAACUCUGUCUGCAUCACCUGCUGUAACACACCACUGUGUAACGGCCCACGUCACAGACGCCGCCCACUGGGCUCGUCUAGCCCAGCCCUCCGCUUACUGCCCCUCUCACUACUGCUCAGCUCCUCCCUCCUCUCGGUGUCUCUCUCUUAGUCUGUCUCUCUCUCUCUGAUGCUUCAGCUCUACGCAGUUACUGACUUUAUACCAUUUACACAUCAACCAUCAAAACAGUCUCUCUCUCUCUCUCUCUCUCUCUCUCUCUCUCUCUCUC